AUGAGUAGUAGUAGCAACAGCAGCAGUAGUAGUAGUAGUAGAAGCAGCAGUAGAGAUGGUGAUAGUAGUGGCAGUAGUAGUAGCAGCAGUAGUAGUAGUAGAAGUAGUAGUAGUAGUAGUUGUAGAGAUGGUGAUAGUAGAGAUGGUGAUAGUAGCAGCAGUAGUAGUAGUAGUAGUAGUAGUAGUAGUAGUAGUAGUAGAAGCAGCAGUAUGGAUGUGCAAAGUAGUAGUAGCAUCAGUAGUGAUGGUGAUAGUAGUAGUGAUAGUAGUAGUAGUAGCAGCAGCAGCAGCAGUAGUAGUAGUAGAAGCAGUAGUGAUGGUGAUAGUAGAGAUGGUGAUAGUAGUAGUAGUAGUAGUAGUAGUAGUAGCAGUAGUAGUAGUAGCAGCAGCAGCAGCAGCAGCAGCAGUAGUAGUAGUAGUAGAAGCAGUAGCGAUGGUGAUAGUAGUGGUAGCAGCAGUAGAGAUGGUGAUAGUAGAGAUGGUGAUAGUAGUAGUAGCAGCAGUAGUAAUGGUGGUAGUAGUACUAGUGAAAAUAGUGGUAGUAGUAGUAGUAGUAGUAGUAGUAGUAGUAGUAGUAGUAGUAGUAGAGAUGCAAUGUCCGAUCCCAUUUGA